AGAUUGCGGUCUGGCGGAAAGAUCUGCUUUCUUCGCUCUCGGUCUGCCGCUGCUGUGUGGUAGCUGUGCCUCGGCAGGGAGCUUUCGAGCCUAGAAGCGCCGAAGAGGAGGAGGAGGAGGAGGGUGGGGGAGGAAAGAAGCCGCGGCGGCAACAGCAGCUUCAGAAGCAAGCGCGAAGGAAGGACAGCAGCCACGCAGGGAUGGAUCACUAUGACUCCCAGCAGACCAAUGACUACAUGCAGCCGGAGGAUGACUGGGACAGGGAUCUCCUCUUGGAUCCAGCGUGGGAGAAGCAGCAGAGAAAGACAUUUACAGCGUGGUGUAACUCUCACCUCCGCAAGGCUGGCACCCAGAUUGAGAACAUAGAAGAAGAUUUCCGAGAUGGCCUGAAGCUCAUGCUACUCCUGGAAGUUAUAUCAGGUGAACGUUUGGCUAAACCGGAAAGAGGCAAAAUGCGAGUGCACAAAAUCUCAAAUGUGAACAAAGCUCUGGAUUUUAUUGCUAGCAAAGGAGUCAAGCUGGUCUCCAUUGGAGCUGAAGAGAUUGUUGAUGGGAAUGCAAAAAUGACCCUUGGCAUGAUUUGGACCAUCAUCCUUCGUUUUGCCAUUCAGGAUAUCUCAGUAGAAGAGACAUCUGCAAAAGAAGGGCUUUUGCUGUGGUGCCAGAGGAAAACUGCCCCUUACAAAAACGUGAACAUCCAAAACUUCCAUAUUAGCUGGAAGGAUGGUCUUGGUUUUUGUGCGUUGAUUCACAGACAUCGUCCAGAACUUAUUGACUAUGGAAAACUAAGAAAGGAUGAUCCUCUUACAAAUCUGAAUACAGCUUUUGAUGUGGCUGAAAGAUACUUAGAUAUUCCAAAGAUGUUGGAUGCAGAAGACAUUGUUGGAACAGCCCGUCCUGACGAGAAGGCCAUCAUGACCUAUGUUUCUAGCUUCUACCACGCCUUCUCAGGAGCCCAGAAGGCUGAAACAGCAGCCAAUCGUAUCUGCAAAGUGCUGGCUGUGAAUCAAGAGAAUGAACAGCUAAUGGAAGACUAUGAGAAGUUGGCCAGUGAUCUUUUGGAGUGGAUCCGACGCACCAUACCAUGGUUGGAGAAUCGAACGCCUGAGAACACCAUGCAAGCCAUGCAGCAGAAACUGGAAGAUUUCCGAGAUUACCGCCGCCUUCACAAGCCUCCCAAAGUCCAAGAGAAGUGCCAGCUGGAAAUCAACUUCAACACAUUGCAAACCAAGCUGAGGCUUAGCAACAGGCCAGCCUUCAUGCCUUCGGAAGGGAAAAUGGUUUCAGAUAUAAAUAAUGCCUGGGGUGGCCUGGAGCAGGCUGAGAAAGGCUAUGAAGAGUGGAUGUUGAAUGACAUUCGACGAUUAGAACGACUGGAACAUCUGGCACAGAAGUUCCGACAAAAAGCUUCCAUUCAUGAAUCCUGGACAGACGGCAAAGAAGCCAUGUUGCAACAGAAGGAUUAUGAAACUGCUACCCUCUCGGAGAUCAAGGCUCUGCUAAAGAAACACGAGGCAUUUGAAAGUGAUCUUGCUGCUCACCAGGAUCGUGUAGAACAGAUUGCUGCUAUUGCACAAGAACUUAAUGAGCUGGAUUAUUAUGAUUCACCAAAUGUCAAUGCCAGAUGCCAGAAAAUAUGUGACCAGUGGGAUAAUCUUGGAGCUCUAACCCAAAAACGAAGAGAAGCAUUGGAGAGAACAGAAAAACUGCUGGAGACGAUUGAUCAGCUGUAUCUAGAGUAUGCCAAACGAGCUGCACCUUUCAAUAAUUGGAUGGAGGGGGCUAUGGAGGACCUUCAGGACACCUUUAUUGUCCAUGCAAUUGAGGAGAUUCAGGGACUGACCACAGCCCAUGAACAGUUUAAAGCUACCUUGCCAGAUGCUGACAAAGAGCGACAAGCUAUCCUAGGCAUCCACAAUGAAGUAUCAAAAAUUGUCCAGACCUACCAUGUCAACAUGGCAGGAAACAAUCCCUACACCACUAUCAGCCCACAGGAAAUCAAUGGCAAAUGGGACCAUGUGAGGCAACUUGUACCCAGGAGAGAUCAGGCCCUGAUGGAAGAACAUGCACGCCAACAGCAUAACGAGAAACUCCGCAAACAAUUUGGGGCUCAGGCCAAUGUCAUUGGGCCCUGGAUCCAAACCAAGAUGGAGGAGAUUGGCCGCAUCUCCAUAGAGAUGCAUGGGACUCUGGAGGACCAGCUGAAUCACCUGCGGCAGUACGAGAAGAGCAUUGUGAACUAUAAACCAAAGAUUGAUCAGCUGGAAGGAGAUCACCAGUUGAUUCAGGAAGCUCUGAUCUUUGAUAAUAAGCACACCAACUACACUAUGGAGCACAUCAGAGUGGGUUGGGAGCAGCUUCUCACAACAAUUGCUAGAACUAUCAAUGAAGUGGAGAACCAGAUUUUGACUCGGGAUGCCAAAGGAAUUAGCCAGGAACAGAUGAAUGAAUUCCGUGCCUCCUUCAAUCACUUUGACAGGGACCACUCCGGCACUCUUGGCCCUGAAGAAUUUAAAGCCUGCCUCAUCAGCUUGGGUUACGAUAUUGGAAACGAUGCGCAGAAGAAGACUGGCAUGAUGGAUGCUGAAGAUUUCCAUACCUUCCUUAUCUCCAUUGGUUACAAUAUGGGUGAGGCAGAAUUUGCUCGAAUCAUGAGCAUUGUGGAUCCCAAUCGCAUUGGAGUGGUGACAUUCCAGGCCUUCAUUGACUUCAUGUCCCGGGAAACGGCAGAUACUGAUACAGCUGACCAAGUUAUGGCCUCUUUCAAGAUCCUGGCUGGAGAUAAAAACUAUAUCACUGUGGAUGAAUUACGGCGAGAACUGCCUCCAGAUCAAGCUGAAUAUUGCAUUGCUAGAAUGGCACCUUACACUGGGCUGGAUUCUGUACCUGGUGCCCUGGACUACAUGUCUUUCUCGACAGCUCUGUAUGGCGAAAGUGAUCUUUAAUUAACACCUCUCUAUCCACCACAGCACCUGACCCUGUUCCAUCCAGGGGCAUUUUUCAUUCUGUCUGCAAUCAGGCUCUGAGCUACCUUCUUGGUUUCCCCCCCCCCCCCUUCUUGCUUCCACGUCAAAGAACAGCUUUCCUUUGGGAUGGGUGAGGAAGGUCUUGGAAUGAAAUAGGUAAUCGCAGCCUUGAAAAAGGGCAGUUUCCAAAAUUUGAAGGGGGAGGCGGGAUGAGGUUACAUUUACAUUUAAGCAAACUUAUUUUAUUAUAGAAAAAGUAUUUUUCUCCAAGGUUGAAGCAUAAAUAGAAAAAUGUUUAAAGUAUUACACCAAAUAUGGCUGGUGAGGAAGUUCCCCUUCCCCCUUUUUUUCUUUUGUUCCAACAUGGGAAAUGGAGGUCAAUGUUGUAUUCCAUUCUUAUACCUGAAGCCUGGCACGCUUCUUCUAUCCUGAAUCAACUUUCUCACCUGUCUCUUAUUUCUUUAUCAUAUUGUUUUACAGAGAGGGAGAUGCGCAAGUGCAUGUAUUGCUGAUUCACUCAUUUCAUGAAAAUAUUUUACAAUAAAACUUUUUGAGAUUGCUGUGUUUUUUUUAGGGAAAAAUAAUGUACACAGCUCAUGUUUUCAUAUUUAAUUAAAAUUACAAUCUGCCUACCUGUGUAUUGUUGCUGAAACUUGUCUGGUCUCCAAAUAUGGCGCUUGAGAGUUGGCAUCUUUGAUAUUGCUAGUCACAGACCAUAUUAAAAAAAAAUCUUGUAAUAACAAA